GGUGUCCUCUUAAAUAACCGCUAUCUUAAACUAAACAACAUUCAAGAUGGUUCUUAUGGGAAAGUUUCCGUUGCUCUUGACACUUAUACUAAUGAAAAAGUUGCUAUAAAAUCAAUGUACAAGAAAAAUAAAGGUGUUUCAGCUAUAGCUAGACAUGAAAUUUCAAUUUUGAAAAAACUGGGUCAAACUUGUGAAAAUAUUUGUCAUUUAUUAAAUCAUUUCCAAACUUCAGAUUAUUAUUUUUUAAUCUUUGAAUAUUGUUCAAAUGGUGAUUUGUAUGAUUAUUUGAAGACCAUAAAUAACCAUUUAAAUCCAAAUUUUAAAAAUGGCUCAUUAGUGUUUUUCAAACAAUUUAUAAAAGAAUUGGCAAAUGCUAUGAAUUUUGCUCAUUCGAAAGGUAUUUAUCAUCGUGAUAUUAAACCUGAAAAUAUCCUUAUUGAUUCAAAAGGUUCAAUUAAAUUAACUGAUUGGGGGUUAGCCACCGUGGGUUCAAGAUGUUUUGAUCCAUGUAUUGGAACUGAAAAAUAUAUGGCUCCUGAAACUUUUUUCAAAUUGAAAAAAACUAAAAACCCUGAACAUUUGAUUUCUUAUGAUUCAAUCAAAUCUGAUUAUUGGUCUUUUGGUAUCACAAUUUUAUAUACAUUAUUUGGUUCAUGUCCUUUUAAAAUUGCAAAUUUAAAAGAUGAUGGUUUUAAAAGAUUUUUACAAGAUCCUGAAUUUUUAUUCAAAAUUUAUCCAAAUUUAACUCAACAUGGGUUUGAAAUUGUGUUAUCAUUAUUACAAAUCAAUCCCCAAAAUAGA